UCUAGCCAUGUGUUUAUUUUAACGCAAUACUAAUUUUUACCUGUUAUUGUAUUGACAAGUACUUUUUGAGACUUUGUGCAAAUGUCAAAAUAUUUUGUUAAAUGUGUUCGUCCUAGUUUUAGAGAAUUAAGUGCGACAUUUUUUCAGAACAAAGAACUUUUAACUUUUUCAUUUAAUUCUCGCGAGCUACAUUAUGUUUACUGCAGGUCUUUUAGCUUCAGUAUAACAUCGUUUUUAAAACGUAGUUUGAACUCGUCUAAUUUUAUAAAAUCUCAGUCUGUUAGUUUAACCAUGGCUAAUCUUAGUUCUACUGAUGCUGAUACGAAAAAUGGAAACGAAACGUUUCAAAUCACUGAAAAUCAGCCAGAAACUGUUACAGCUUCUAUAGAAAAGGAAAAAUGUGAACACUCAAAAUAUGAAACCAGUAAAACAGAAAAUGCUAUUCCAUUAACGCAAACAAUGUCGAAACGAGCUUUAAAGAAAUGGAGAAAGAAACAAAUUGAAGCUAAUUGUAAUGAUGGCCUCUUGACUACAAAUCCUCGCCCUGGAUAUGGAGCUGAUGUCCUUCAUGAAACUGAGUAUUAUUUUGAGAACAAUCUUCGGAAAGUGUAUCCUUAUUACUAUACCUUCAACUCACAUGUGAAAGGCAGAUGGAGAGGAAGAACUCUGAUGGAUGUAUUUGUGAAAGAGUUUCAUGUAGUGUCAGAGCAAUCAUUGAUAGAUGACAUGAAAAAUGGAGUAUUGUUAGUAAACAGCAAACCAACUGUAGGUGAUUAUGAGCUGAAAUUUAAUGAUGUAAUUUCACAUACCAUACACCGGCAUGAAAACCCUGUAAUUGGAACACAAUUAGAAAUUCUUGAAGACAAUGAAGAUUUAAUAGUCAUCAAUAAACCAUCUUCAAUCCCAUGCCAUCCCUGUGGAAGGUACAGAUACAAUUCUAUUGUCUUCAUUCUUGGCAAGGAAUACGGCUACAGUAACUUGAGAAACAUUUAUCGCCUUGAUCGAUUGACAUCUGGUGUAUUAAUUUGUGCCAAAACUGCAAAGAAGACAAGGGAACUAGAAGACCAAAUCGUCAAUAAAAAAGUACGGAAGGAAUACGUAUGUCGAGUAGUUGGACGAUUUCCUGAUGGUGAUAUUGAAGUUGAUCAACCUCUGGACUGCAUCAAUCACAAGAUAUCCUUAUGGCAAGUACGACCCGGUGGAAAAGAAAGCAAAACACUCUUCAGUCGCCUUAGUUACAAUGGAAAAUCAAGUGUUGUUAGAUGCAUUCCUUACACAGGGCGAACACAUCAGUUGCGUGUACAUUUGCAAUAUUUAGGACAUCCAAUCAUAAAUGAUCCACUUUAUUAUGGUCCAGCUUGGGGACCAGAAGCUGGCAAAGGAACUAUUUUUCAAUGCAAAAUUGAUGACACAAAGAUCAGUGAUGAGGUGAUGAAAAACCACAACAUUGGUUUGUGGGAGAAUGGACCAAAUCCUAAUUUUGAACUUCGUUUAAAACAAUUGAAAGAGGAGAAGUCACUUGCUUCUAAUCAUGAAGACACUAUUGAUGAAGUCAAAAACACAGAACCAGCAGCAAAGCGAUUGAAGACAAGUGACCAUCCUGAAAAGUUAGAGACAAUCAGCAAUACAGAAUUUUUUCAGCCAGAGUUUGAUUUACAAAAAUGGAUACCAAAUGAAAACUGCAUCCAUUGUAAGACCCUGUAUCUAGACCCACAGCCAAAAGAUUUGGUCAUGUAUUUGCAUGCACUGAGUUACAAGGGUCCUGACUGGGAAUACAGAACUACUCUACCUGAUUGGGCUGCAGCAGACUGGCAGGAAUAGGAAGCUUUAGAAAUACUGAAGAUGUGUGAUAUACCAAUAUAUAUUUUCAAUAAAAUAUGUAAUAUCUACA